AUGUUCGGAGAUAAAACGUUUAAGUCCUUUACAAUAGAUUUUGACGCACCGAAUGGGAUUCACGUUUUCUCAAGCGGCGAUGUUGUUUCAGGGCGAAUUAUUUUCGAAUUAUCAAAAGAAAUAACAGUUAAUUCGAUCACUGUGAUUGGAAAGGGAAAAGCGAAGGUUGCGUGGAGCACCGGGUCGAGUAAGCAAAGAAGACAUUAUUCUGCAAGAGAGGACUAUUUUAACAUGAAGAGCGACAUCAUACAACAAAACGGGGCUAUUGGUGGUGGCGAGACGGUCCUUCGCGAAGGAACGCAUGUCUACCCAUUCUCAAUGCAGCUGCCACAAGGACAUUUUCCGUCAGCAUUUCAAGGCGUUCACGGCAGAGUGACCUACGCUUUGGUAGUUCAGAUACACCGACCAUGGCAUUUGGCCGAGGAGUUCCGGGCAGAAUUGAAUUUUGUCAGCCACAUAGACGCCAACCACCCACAACUGCUGGAACCAUUGGCGGCUUCCAAUAGCAAGGAGCUGUGUUGUCUCUGCUGUACUUCCGGGCCCAUCUCCAUGAAUGCUGGUCUGGAGAGGAAGGGUUAUGUUCCAGGCGAAAUGAUUCAGAUCAUCGCAGAGUUCGAGAACUCCUCUUCCCGGACAAUCAUUCCCACGGCAACACUCGUACAGACGCAGACCUUGAGGGAAGGCAUCUCAUGCCCAAUAGUACAGGAGUGUGGGGCGACCAAAUGCUGCGGAUACCUGCUAAUACACCCCUCACCAUCUCAAACUGCCAGAUUCUGGAGGUGGACUACUAUCUGCAGGUGAGUCUGAAAAUUCCCAAUGGAGUCAACCUCAAGGUCAUUAUCCCUCUGGUGAUUUGCUCUAUUCCUGUGUACCGUCCUCCUGCAGACUUCUAAAAACCUCACAGAUGCCAUGGAAAUCAGACUGCCACUAUCCUCAGUACCUGAAUGGGUCUGUGCCUUGCUUUUUUACAUCAUAUGUGUAGGUUAUGUGAUAUCACCACUUUUUCCAUUCAAGCCAGGUCUGUACAGAAUCUACCAUUUCAGGGUUGCAUUUUGGAGAAUUUUGUAAUCUGCCAUUUUAAUCUGGUUUAAUACUCAGAACAACUGACGUGCGAACACUUUUUGAUUUUAUAACUUUGAAGCUAUUUACUGCACAAAUCAAUUUCCUUACCUCAGCGAAGGUCGGAGUAGUGCUACAGAAGUAUGUGUUUGCUGGAUAUCGCCAGACGAAAGGUCUCGUAUUUGAUUUGUAGAUAUUUACUGUGAAUCUUUUAUCUAGUUUUGAACGUUGAUGCUCUUUUUAAUCCUGAUGACUCGAAAGUGAAUGUGGCAGUCGACAUUGGCUCAGGAGGUUAGAGCAGUUGUCUGGCAGUUAGAAGGUUGUCGGGUUUGAUCCCACCCUGGGUGUGUCAAGGUGUCCCUCGCCGAGACACCUGACCCCCAAGUGCUUCUGACGAGCUGGUUGGUGCCUUGCAUGGCAGCCAAUCACCGUUGGUGUAUGUGUGUCAAUGGGUGAAUGAGAAUGAGAUCAGUUGUACAGCGCUUUGGAUAAAGGCCUUUACCUUUUGAUGCUAGGUGAGAUUUAUCUUCAUAAAUAAUAAUUAAUUCCAUGCAUAUGUAAAAACAUACCUGUACUUU